CUCAGCCUUUCGUUUCUGGCUGGCUUAUAGGUGCCGAGAGCUGGCCUGCGUGGCUACUAGGGCAUUUCGUGGGGACUGAGCAGGAAAGGGGGAUGGGACUUCCUUUCGUGCCUUGGAACGGGCCGUGACUCCCUAAACGGGCGUGUGCACUGGUCGCCCGCCGGGCCAUGGCCUCUCCGGGCCUUCAGCACCCGCCCUUCGUCCCCGCAGUUCCCGAGGGCGGCGCCAGGUCUGGUGCGCCUUUUUCUCGGAGAGCGGCUGUCAGCCGAGGUCGCCCGGCCAAGGCGGGGCGGAGGCGAGGAGCAGCAGGCCGCCCGGUGCUCGCCUCUCCCAGCGUAGCUGGAACGCAGGGCCCCAUCAUGGCGGCGGCGCCGACCCACAAGACACAGGUGUCUGUGACUUUCGAUGAUGUGGCCGUGACUUUUACCCAGGAGGAGUGGAGGCAGCUGGACCCAGCUCAGAGGACCCUGUACCAGGAGGUGAUGCUGGAAAACUGCAGGCUCUUGGUGUCUCUGGGGUGUCCUGUUCCCAGACUUGAGCUGAUCUUCCAGCUGGAGCAGGGACAGAAGCUGUGGACUGUGAAGAAAGACCUCUCUCGAAGCACCUGUCCAGGUUCUGCCUCUGCAGAUUCAACUGAGCGCAGAUUGAAAACAUUGGGGGGAAGAGAAAAUACCAGAAAGUUCAAAAGCAAAAGAUGCAGAGUAGAAGAGGGGCCGGAGGUGUUCCAGACACGAAGCUUCCGUGUCUUCGGCGUCUCGUUACCUCCUGGAAUCGAUAUCUGGCAGUAUGUGCACGGAGUGUUGCCAACCCAGGAAACUCACCAGAGCCUCGAGAUCCAGCUGAUAACUCGUGGUUCAAAGCCCCAGCUUUCUAAUUACACGUUUGGUCUUUCUGCUGUGCCCAGACCUUACCCAGACCUAAUGUCAUCUCUUCAGCAUAAACUAUCUAGGGGCCCAUAG